AUGGCGACGAUCGGAGCGCGGUGUGAGCUCCUGUCGUCGAGACCGGGCGAAAGCUUGCGCACUAGAAACACCAAGCGGUACGGAGAGAUUGCAUACAUUGGAGAAAUUGAUGGGUUGCCAGGUGACGGGUGGAUAGGCGUGCGACUGGACAAACCGUUGGGCAAAGGCGAUGGGACUUUUCAAGGCACGCGAUACUUUGACUGUGAGCCUCUUCACGGUGCCAUUGUACGGCCUGAGAGGGUCAAUACAUCGGGUGAUUUUCCAGUUCUGGAGACGCAUGAAGCGAGUCUAGCACAUGCUCUUGAAGAACGACGGAAGGAGAGGCAUGGGACGAAGAGGGACGGUGGAUCAGAUACAAACGACGCGUUGAGGUUGUAUCGGGAGCUGUCAAGCGAUGAGCUGGCGACAGUGUUCUGGGAAAAGUUUUUGCAGCAGGAAGAGCAUGUGCACAAGCAGGUGGGACUGUUCUGUGGGCAGAAGCAGCAGCCAACGCCUUGUGAACCGGCUAAAGAGGUACAGCUGGAUGCUCUCGUGCUCGAAGUAAACGCCAUGAGGGAUGCAGCAGCUACGGCAGCCUCACUUUAUUUGUCGCCCUAUGACACUCGACAGACGCAAUUGAUUUUGUCGAAGCUCCUGGAGAUCAUCGAUCACACUCGUGUGACGUUUGCACCUCGAAAGAAGUUUACGUUCCGAGCUCGUGCGGGAAAGAGUGCUACAGCCAAGGAACAAGAUCUACCAGACCGGGACAACUCAUCUGUAUCGGUUGGUGAUGUUGAGAAUCAGCUGUUGUCGGCACCACAGAAACUGACGGAGUUUAACGAACUUGUGCACGCCAACAAACAGAACGAGGUGAUUGUCAUUGACGAUCACAGCUUCACUGACAAAGACGACAAGCGCCGCGACUUGAACUUCUCCCAUCUGACCAACUGUGUUGUUCUUGUAUGCGUGGAGACAUCUGCUAUCCGCGGUGACGCACUGAAGAACUGCGUAUUCUACACUGGAGCAAUUUUUGGAAGCUUGUGGCUUGAACACUGCAACGGGUGCGAGUUUUUUGUAGCAUGCCGUCAGUUGCGCGUCCACUUGAGCUCGGCUACGACCUUUCACCUGCGCAUCUCGAGCCAUCCCAUAAUUGAGAAUUGCCAUCAGAUACAAUUUGGGCCUUACCACUUACACUUUGAUGGACUCAGCGCACAACUUGAGCGCCUGGGGUUGCAAAAGGAUUCCGGGCUCUGGGCAAAAGUGAACGAUUUCAAGUGGCAUAAGGCGCAGCAGUCUCCGAAUUGGAGCAUUCGCGACCCAAGAAAGACGCUGCCAGGAAUCCCAGCAGAGUUGCAGCAACUAGUAUCUUACGAAUGA